UUAUGCGCCAUCUGUUCUCUCUCUCUCUCUGUCUAUACCAAACGAGUUGUCUGGAAAGAAGAAGCUAGACUUUCCGGUUAUCUGUGCUCGGUACUCUCCGUGAAAGCAAAUCGAAGAACCAAAACUUAAGAAACCCUAGAAAAAGGAGGGAUUCUGAAGAGGAAAAUUUGAAAAAAUGAGGACGGUCGUGUCGCGGUUGAUCCAAUCAAGAUCAUCACUUCCAAGGCUCUUCAGUGUAUCGGAAUCACUGAAGAAUGGUAGGUAUCUAACAACAGACUCUAAUAAGGUUGAUGAACCCUUCAAAGUUGAAGAAGCUGAGACUGUCAACAUUCCCCCUCCUCCAACUGAUAAGUUGCUUGUCUUGGGUGGAAAUGGAUUUGUUGGCUCACAUGUUUGUAGAGAAGCAUUGGAUCGGGGCUUGUCUGUCGCUAGCCUUAGCAGGUCUGGUAGGUCAAAAUUACAUGAUUUGUGGGCCAACAGUGUGACCUGGCAUCAAGGAAACCUUCUAUCGCCUGAGUCAUUAAAGGAUGCUUUCAAUGGUGUCACGUCCGUCAUAUCCUGUGUUGGUGGGUUUGGCUCCAAUUCUUACAUGUAUAAGAUUAAUGGGACUGCUAACAUCAAUGCAAUUAGAGUUGCCGCUGAACAAGGCGUGAAAAGAUUUGUUUAUAUCUCUGCUGCUGAUUUUGGUGUGGCAAAUUACUUACUGCAGGGAUAUUAUGAGGGAAAGAGAGCUGCAGAGACAGAGCUACUAACCAAAUUCCCAUAUGGAGGAGUGAUUUUGAGGCCUGGAUUUAUAUAUGGGACUCGAAGUGUUGGGAGCCUGAAGAUACCUCUUGGUGUAAUUGGUUCUCCACUUGAGAUGCUAUUUCAAAACACGAGACCCCUGAGCCAGCUGCCGCUUGUUGGGCCUCUCUUUACUCCUCCAGUGAAUGUAACCUCUGUGGCAAAUGUUGCCGUUAGAGCAGCUACUGAUCCUGUCUUCCCUCCUGGGAUUGUAGAUGUCCAGGGUAUCCAGCGUUAUACCCAGAAGAAGUAGAGGUGCAUAUAGCCCCUUCCGUUUUUGUUUCGUUCAUCAGUGCAGGCUGCAGAGUGUGAUGUAAAGCUGUCAAAGUUUUUCCCGUGAAGAUCCUGGUUUUUCGCUGUUGGCCGAGAAUCUUGAUACGAAGAUUACAUUGGUUUCUUUUUCUUCACAUGUUGCAAUGGUUAAUAACGUGUUAAAAAGCACAGAUUUACUUGUUCAAUAAUUGCCUCCCCAGCUGAACUUGUUUGAAGUUUGGGGUGAAGCGGAUGACCGUUACUUUUGAGUCACUUGAUUUAUCAAUGUAUCUUGGCCCCUUGCAACCUGGGAUUAAAAUAGCAAAGUUUUGUCCCUCUGAUUUUU